AUGGACGGCUUCUGCAUGAAAAUGUUUGGACUUCUUCCUGCCUUUUUCAUUCUGGUGUUAGCUGUGGCGCCCAAAGAGACCUAUGGAACACCCUACGCUUCGCAGCAAGGCUCUAAAAUCCCGACGUGCGAUGAUCCAGAAAACGGCGGGCUGAAGCUCUCGUUGACGCUGGACGACGAGAAAGAUUAUGUAUCCUUCAAGUGUUCCUCAAAUGGUGACCCUGCCAUCGAGCCAUCCCCGGUAGAAAGCCGAUUCUACAAAGGUCCGGACUGCACGACGCCGGCGGAUCUACAUACCGAGGCUCCUGGCGCCGUGUUGUUGACGUCACCAAAAGCAGGGGUGGCGCACUCCAUCCCAACGACAUACACGCUCAAGAUGGCUUCAGAGGACCGCAAGCCGGUGGAGCUCUGUUACGUUUGCAAGCUCCCUAAAGACGCCAGCGAACAUGGCGCCGUGCUUCACAAUCGUGUCAUUCAGAAAACGCAGGAUUGCCAAGUGCACAUCGCCGUGAAAGCCCGCCAAAAGACCGAGGUGCCCGAACAACCCGAAUCGGAAGACAAGCAUGAUGAAGAAAACAAGGAUCCAACGGGUGUCACUGUCUGCAGCGAUGGGAUUCACGCUGCGACGGCGUCGCCUGAGACCCCUUUGACUUUCAGAUGCGGCGCGGCAAUGGCGAUACAACCCAAAUCACCAAAAGAUGUCUUUGAGAUUGCCGACAACAACUGCGGGAAAGAGGUGCCUCUUGCAAGCAUGUUAGACGCGACCUUGGAGGAGCGAGCUCCAUCAAGUGGCGAGUACACACUGACCGUGAAUAAGGCCGCGGCACACAACACCGCGUUUUGCUACAAAUGCGUGAAACCCUCUCCUCUCACGCACAAGGGGUCUGCACAGUCCAGUCUCGGAGCCGAAGCCAUUGGGAAGGAAUGCGUGCUGAAAGUCUCGGUCGCGGGAGUUUCGGAGUCAGCUGUAUCUGUGUCUUCAAUGUCAAAGGCCUUUGCUCUGAUCGCCGGCAGCGCCGCUCUGGAGUUUGUCUACGCGUUUGUGUAG